AGUAGGUGGGGCCCAUUCUUUUCCCGAUUAUAAACGCUCCUCCCCGCUCUCUAUUAUAUAUCGCUCACCAUUUUUCUGGUUAAGUCCUCUCCUCCAAACAGAUUUCUCUCGCUUUGCUCUCGUCAUUCACAGAAACCACGAACCCUAGCUCUAUCUAAUACACCUGGACAAAUUGUACGUACUGUUUCAAUGGCGGAGACUGAGAAUGUUUCGACGGUGAUCUCGGCCGAAGAGGACGCGAAGUUCGGAUUUACUCGACCGGAGAUGUACAAGAGCAACCUCGCCGGGACUGUGGAUCAGUACGACCGUCACGUAUUCGUUUGCUUCAAAGGCCCUGACGCGUGGCUUCCACGCGUUGAGGAAUCUGAGACUGAUCUCCUCCCCAAGCUCUUCUCCUCUGCUGUCAAAGCUCGUAAGAACGAUAUCACCGUUAAGACGAAGGUAACGAUAUGCGAGGAACGCGAAGGGACUGUGUUUGAGAGCGGAGAUGUGUUGAUAUUUCCUGAUAUGAUCAAAUACAAGAGUUUGAAGGAGUCAGAUGUUGAUGGUUUUGUUGAUGAUGUGCUUGUGAGUGGAAGGCCAUGGGCUUGUGGGGUGCAGGAGAAGCUUACUGGUUCAUAUGUCUUUGUGUGUGCUCAUGGUAGUCGUGAUAAGAGAUGUGGUGUUUGUGGACCUCUUCUUAUUGAAAAUCUCAAAGAGGGAAUUGAAUCUCGAGGACUGGGGGAUCAGGUGUUUGUUAGUGCCUGCUCUCAUGUUGGGGGGCACAAGUAUGCUGGGAACUUGAUUGUCUACAGUCCAGACUCGGAGGGAAAAAUUAUGGGCCACUGGUAUGGCUAUGUUACGCCUGAUGAUGUGCCUGAAAUUCUGGAUCAGCAUAUUGGGCAAGGAGCAGUGAUAGAACGUAUUUGGAGGGGCCAAAUGGGUGCACCUACUGAAGAAGGUGAAAAGUUGGCUGAGCAAAAGCUUCCAAAUGGGCAAGAUGUGAAGGAAAGAAAGAAACACGAAGAAAGCAACAGCGAGGUCACUAACGAGAAUGUUGGUGGCUGUUGCCAGGGUACUAAUGGGUUUUCAUGCUGCAGAGAUGGAAGUUUGGGAGUAGGUGAAGAAAAGAAACCGGAGGAAAACAUCAAAGUUCAUGGAAAGAAGGGAUUAGGUAAACUGUCAAGCUGGACAGCAUCAUUGGAGCAAAGUGAUGUUCUUGCAACGGUUGCUGUGAUUGGAGCAGUGGCAACUGUUGCAGUGGCCUAUAGCAUGUAUAAAAGGUCGGGCUGAAAUAUGCCUUGUAUUCCAUGCAUUAGUAUUCGUCUGUGGGUUAACAUACCCUUGCUUUUUGUAGGCAGGUAUACUAUUACUGAAAAUAAUCCUCCAAACCACAAUUUCUUGGGAGAAUUGACACAUAUUUGUUUUUGUUGUAACGGUGGAAAUGUAUGGCCAAAAUUUUAGCAGGCAGAGCGAAAUGGGAUCGCACUUCUUUUCA